AUGCCUGCGCAUGCCGCAACAUGCUUCGCCCCUUCCGCGUCUCUCCUCUGUGCACAUGCCGCCACUGCUCCGCGGUUCCAUGGCGCGCGAAAAAUGGCGUCCGCGGCCUAUGCUAAGUGCGUAAAGCGUAGCGCGGAUCCGUGCGCCAAGGCCAGCGCGCCUGCGCUAGUGCGCACAAUUCGCGGAGGAUCCAUUUACGCGCAAGGCUCCCUCGCCUCGCAAGCAUCGUGGGGAUCCCGCGGAGGCCGCGCCAUGGCAGGCUGGGCCAGCUUCCCCGCCGCCGCGGCGCUCUCUUUCCCCGCCGAUGCUGCGCGCGCGGGCUGGGUGCGCGGAUUCGGCAGCUCCGCGGGGGGCUCCGUUGCGCCGAGGCGGAAAGAGCGGCUGCGGAUAGUCGAUAAGACCGGCGGAGAGGCCAAUAAGGCCCUGGGAAUAAGAGAGAAGAAGAAGAAAAAGAAGAAGACUGGGAAAGCGGACGAGAAAAAAACGGGGAAGUACUACGGGGAAGGGUUCGGGACGACGGGAGUUCCGCUUGCGCGGAGGUGGGGGGAUUACGACAAGCGCCAGUGGGAGGAUCCGGAGGGGUGGCGCGGGGGGAUCUUAGGCCGCCCGGAGAUCUCGGGGAAUCGCGCGAAGCCGGUGGACUCGGCGACAAUGAGGGUUUAUAAGAAUUGGGGGCGGCUCGAGGAUGGGCUGUCUCAGUUGAAAGCGCUCCAGCGGGGGGACGGGGAGGGAGAUUCGCGGAGGGGGAAGGUGGGGAGUGGGGGAGCAGUUGCGGAGUGGGGUGGGGGAAGGGGAGGAGGGGGAGGGGGAGGGGGAGGGGGAGGGGGAGGAAGUCGUUAUAAGAAGAAGGCUGGAGAAUUUAGUUGGAAGCCUGAUUCGAACGAUUUGCAAGGCGCUCGCGGUGUUGGGGGGAAGGACGAUGAGAGAGAGGAGGAGGGGCGGAGAGGUGAUUGGCGGGACGGCGGGCGGAGAGAGGGUGGCGAAAGGGGAAGAGAGGAGUGGGGGGAGAGGGGGUUGCGGGGGGAGAGGGGCGAGAGGGGCGGUGGGAGUGCGUGGGGGAAUGAGGGGCGGGAGCGGAACAGGGAGUGGGGUGGGCGGAAGGAGUAUGGGGGAGAGCGGGAGUUCGGGGGGGAUAAUCAACAGGCGAGGCAGUAUGAGGGCGGAAGGGAAUAUGGCGGAAGAAAGGAGUAUGGCGGAGGAAGGGGGGGAAGGGAGGCGGGGGAAGCAACAGGGGGAAGGUCCCCACGCAGGGAGUCCGGGAGACGGUCUUGGGAUGACGUGGAUAGUGCCCGUAGUGACGAGGACGCUGACGUCAUGGCGUUCUGGUCCAACGUGGACGUGGACAGCCCCCCUGGCGCCGCGCGGAAGGGCGCAGAUCAGGGGGCUGGCCGGGAGAGGGUGGGGGGAGACGCUGGGCGGGGACGGGGCGGAGAAAGCGGAGGCGAGAGAGGGGAAGGGAGGGGAGGGGGAGGUAAGGGUUGGUCGCGGGAUUAUGCAGCUAUGGAGUGGGGAGAAGGGGAGGGGGGAGUGGCAGGAAGAAAGGCAGGCGGAAGGGCAGGGGGAGAGGCGGAAGGAGACAGGGAAGGGUUUGGGGAGCCCAGGCGCGGGGGAGCUGGGCGCGGAAGGGGCAUGCUUCCGCGCAGCAGCGCGCCUGGCGCAGGGGGAAGGGGAGGCUGGGGGGAUGCGGAAGGCAGGGGGGAUGCGUUUGGGGGAGAUGACUGGCGGGGAAGGGCAGUCGGGGGAGCCCCGCGGCCGGUGAUGAGAGGAGGGGCGCAGGGGCGCGCAGAUGGCGGAAUGGACAGGGGGGGAUGGGGGGGCCGGGGGGAAUUCGGCGGGCGGAACGCGCAGGGCGCAGGGAGGGGGAGGGGGGGCGGCGGACAGUGGGGGAGAGGGGGCGAUGGGGGGGAAAUGGGGUCACAAGGUGGCAGGGAAGGGGUGUGGGGAGUGAGCGACGGGGGGUGGGGAGGAGGGAGGGGGGCCGGCAUAGGUCCACGGGGAGGGGUAGGAGGUGAGAGGGGGAUGGAUGGUAGUAUUCAGUCUAGCAGCGGGCGGUUCAGAAGGUCUCAAGCCCAGGAGCCUUUCAGAGGUCCCAGCGGGCGGGGGCGGUUCAGUGAUGCAGAGAAGGAGAGUGAGAACGAUAACAAUGAUAAUAUUGACUCUGGUGCGGAGGGGGAGGGUGACUACGACGACGGCGAUUACAGCAACAAUUAUUCCGAGUGGGAUAACAGCAACAGCAGCUGGGGAACCCCGUCUAUCACCCCGUCUGCUCUCCGCGGGGAGCCCAUCUACGGCGUCUCGCCCGUGCUCGCCGCGCUCCUCUCGUCCCGCCGCCGCAUACACACGCUCUACACGCAGGAAGGGCUGCAGGACGGGCUGAGAGGCGGGGGCAAGCGCAAGGACAAGGCCGCAGUCGAGCGCGUGCUGCGUGUGGCGGAACAGAGCGGUGUAGAGCGGUUGUCGGUGAGCAAGCAUGAGUUGAAUCUGCUGUCUGGGAACCGACCGCACCAGGGACUGGUGUUGGAUGCGUCUGGGCUGCAGCUAGAGCCCAUAGAGGCGCUCCCGGUGUGGUCUGCUGGUGCGGCUGCGGCUGCACGCGCUACUGCUGCUGCUCUGGGUGGUGCGGGCGCAGGAGAAGCAGGGGCGGAAGCUGGGGCUGCAGGGACGGCAGCAGGGCCGGCAGGGACAGGGGCGGCGGCAGGGGCGGGGGGGGCGGCAGUGGCGCCGCCGGUGUGGGUGGCGCUGGACGAGGUGACGGAUCCGCAGAAUCUGGGGGCGAUUCUGCGGUCGGCGCACUUCCUCGGGGCGGCCGGCGUGGUGGUGUGUGCUAAGAACUCCGCCCCGCUCUCUGCUGUCGUGUCCAAGGCCAGUGCAGGCGCGCUCGAGAUCAUGCAGGUGCAUGAGUGCAGCAACAUGAUGCGUUUCCUCGCCCGAUCUGCCGCCAACGGCUGGCUGGUGGUGGGCGCAGCAGCGGACCCCUCCGCCAUCCCCAUCUCCCGCCUCUCCUCUGGAGGCUCCCCCACGCUGCUCGUCCUGGGGAGCGAGGGAGCAGGGCUGCGCACCAAUGUGAAGCGCGCCUGCGCGCACCUUGUGCGGAUUAGCGGAGCGGGUUUUAGUGGGGAUGUUGGUGGAGGGGUGGGGAAGGGAGGGGGUGUGGGUGAGGCGGCGGAGGAGGAGGGGUGGGGAAGUGGGGAGGAGGAGGGUGAGGGGGAGAGGGAAGGGAAGGAGGGAGAGGUUGUUGCUGGUGCUGUGAAGGAUGGAUCAGGAAAGAGAGAGGAUGGGGCAAGUGGAACUGUGGGGGAUGUGCGCGGGCUGGGGGCUGGGAGUGGCGUGAAACGUGGAAGUAAGAGCGGAAGGCUCAAGGUGGUGGAUAGUCUGAAUGUGAGUGUAGCUGCUGGCAUUCUUCUACACCAUCUCAUCAACUCCUCUGUCGACGCACAGGAGCCGUAG